AUGUUCGCUUCAGAUUCGAAUCCCACCAAGCCUUCAGAAAAUAACGAAAACGCAGUAUCCCGUUAUACAUCAGCAACUUGUUUAUCUACGAACAACGUGUACCUUAGAAUAAAACCGAACUGCGCAAAAACCAACAAAGAAAUCUACACAGUGGUCGGCUUAAAGACGCUUCACGUAAAGAAAGGCGAGAACGUAGAUAAGAAGUACUCUUUUACAAGAAUUUUCGAUUCAGAGUACACUCAAGCUGAUCUAUUUUGUCAAAGCAUACGGCAUCAAGUGAUUUACUUUCUUCUCGGCGAGAGUUCAACGAUUCUAACGUAUGGAGCUUCUAACUCUGGAAAAACGUAUACAUUGUACGGAUCGACGGAUUCACCUGGUGUAAUCCCUCGCACCAUCGAAUUUUUAUUUUCCACGAUUAACUGCACCUUGGCUCCUUGGUAUAAAAUCAGCGACGACAACAGAAUUGUCUGCUUAGACGAGUACGAACGAAAUUCUGAAAUAUACAACAAAACGAAUUUAAUAAAUCCGAAUGUAAUUGCGAAGGAAGAAUACACGCAGGCUCGAUUGUCUUUGAAUAAUUCGAACCCUGGAAUUCCUGAAUUGGAGGAACCAGAUCUUUGGAGUGACGAGUGCAUGUCCUCUGUAUGGAUGUCCGUUGCAGAAAUCUACAAUGAUAACGUGUACGAUCUUCUAGCCAUCGACGAUCAGGAAAGGCGACCACUAAAAGUGACAACUCGAAAGGAUUGUUCUACUUACGUGAAUGGUUUAAAAUUUAUCCACAUCACCACAGCAUUGGAAGCUUGCCAGCUAUUAAUUUUCGUUCGAUCUAGAAUGGCUGUAAUCUCUACAGCACCAAAUAUCACGAACUCGCAGUCUCAUACUAUUUUGACAUUAAAAUUGCUGAAGUAUGAGAAGGAGAACGUACCGGAAGAAGUUCGAGUUAGUACGUUAACAUUUUGCGACGUGGCUGGUUCCAGAAAGUGUAAAAAAGGAGAAGGGAGAGACAGCGGAUCAACAGAAUCGAGGAAUAUAAAUAAUAGUUUGCUGGUGCUUGGAAGAUGUCUUAAAUCUCUGUGUGACAGUCAUCCGAGCAGUGACAAUGUAACUGGUCCUUUUAGAGAGUCGAAAUUGACCAGGAUUCUUCAGAAGGUUUUGACUGGUCGAGAGAAGGUCAGUUUCAUUAUUAAUAUCGAUAUUGGAAUUGAUUCUUUUCCAGAAACUUUGAGUUCUCUGAAUUUCUCAGCAAUGGCAAAGAAAUUAGGUAGCGAACCAGGGAUAUUGAAACGAAACGCGUUCUCUGUGACGACGAUGACGCCAAGGAGUCCAAAAUUGUCCGCGUGGACUUCUGCCACUCAUAGUCCAAAAAAAAUCAUCACUGUGGAUUUCGAAGAAUACGAAACCCUUAAGCAACAGAAUAAGAAGUUGAUGGAAGAACUGAGUGACAUGAAAGCCACUAGUAACAAGAAGCAGAUCGUCUCGAUGAAAGUUUCGAAAGAGAUGCAGUCGGAAAAUUCGUUUUUAGAAUACAGGGAGUUGCAAAAGAAACACGCGGAACUGAUGAAGCGUCUGGAAGCUUUGAAACGUGAGAACUUAAAUCGAGAAUUUGAGAUAAGGCAGGAAUUGAUAGAUCACUAUUCCACGGCUAUCAAACAGCUAGAAUCAACUUGGAAGAAACGCACUCAGGAUAUCGAGGACGAGAGGCGACACUUGUUGAAGUGGUCUGUGAACCAAGUAGAAACGUAUUUUAAAGAACGUGUCGAUAGUAUAAUGUGUAAUAAAAAGAGAAAGAGCGACGACGACGACAACUGUAACGAAAUUCAAGCGACCUACGAGGAACUUGAAGCUGAAAAUGCCAUGAUCACGUCGGAAGUGGUCGAUUUAAGGGAAAUGUUGCGCAGUCUGAGGACCGAGAACGAGUUACUGAAUAAAGAUAAAGAUAAAUAUAACUUCAAAUUUUCGUUAGUUAAUAGGAGACUCAAAUACGUGUAUGAAUUAGCUGAAAUGAAUUUUCCUGAAUUAUCUUUCAAGGCGCAAAAUGACGCGAGCGAUCCCAGUCGGCUCAUGGACGAAUUGAAACGUAUGUUUGACGAAAUGGCAGACAAAAUUUGGUAUUUGAAAUAUGAUUUGAAUGUAGCAUGCAAUAAUCGCGUAAAAAUUACGGCGAAAUCGAUGGAAACAGAGGAAAUGCUAUGGAAUACGAACAUCAAGUUGCAGGAGACGUUGAAUAAAGUGAAAGACCUUGAAAGUGAAAGACGAGAAAAGACGAAUCUUAUUCACAAUUUGCAACUUCAAUUGCGGUUGCUGAGAAAAGACUUAACCGACACUCGAGAAUGUGAGAUCGAGUAUGAUGCGAAAUGUGCUGAAAAGGAAGAUGUCCGUAGCUUGAACCUAAAAUAUCAUUCACUCAGCAAUGAAGAUUUCUUCUGUAGCGAUAACAGCGAUAAUACCGAGUUAAUAACGCAAGCUCACGUGGAUAUAAAAGCGGAACGAUAUUUUAAUGACGAUACUAAGAAUUCACUGAAGAACGUUUCCUUAAAUACUGUAGGCUCAGACUUGGAUCGACAUACUUUCAAAUCCAGCGACAGUGGCAAUGUGAAAGAAGAUUCUGGUAUCGAUUUCAGUUGUAGAAACCAGAGUAUCAAUGAUAGUUCCACUAUGGAAGAAACGAAGGAAAAUUACACACAAACGGCUUUCACGUUCCAACAUAACAAUGAUGAAUGCGAACAAACCAAACAAUUGAAGACUAAUCAUACGAAUGUGGAACAUUACACCGAGCAAGAACGAGAAAUGUCGUUGGACAGAGAAUUAUCACGCGAUGUGAGUGACCUGAAAUCGGCAAUAGAGACUUUGAGGAGAAUCGCAGAUUUCAAUAAACUGGAAGUCGCGGAGUACAGAAGCAAAUUACUAUGUUGCGAAGAAAAAGCGAAGGAACUGAAAGAAGAGAACGAGAAACUGAUAAAAAUAGUGGAGAUAGAUUCGCAGAAGUACAAUGAGCGGAUCAACGAGUUGACUCAGGAGCUUCUGGUUAAGAAAGAGGACGAUGAUCGCAGUCUGAAGCAACUUGAGACUUGUUUGAAGAAGUGUGCCUCUCUCGAGGAUCAAUUGUCCAUGCUUCAUCUCGUUCACGAGCAAACGCUGAAAUCGUUCGCGAAUAAGAAUACACAAAUCGAAAAAUCUGGAAAUGAACUGUCGGCGAAGAGUUUGGAGACGAGCGACAAAGUGACAGAAACGCGGAGCGAUCUGUUCAGGGUGCAGCAGCUGCAGGAGAAGGUUAACGGACUCGAAACUGUUCUCGAAAAGUGCCAGGAGGAGAGAAACAAUUAUCGCGAACGAUUGCAGGAACAUUUAGAGACGCAGUCGAUGCUGGAAAUGAAAUUGAAGUGGCUGUCGACGGAAAUUCGGAGCAGAGAUGAUGAGCUGGUCUCGUUGAAGACGGAAUUCAACAACAUGGCGCUGCAGAACGAAUCUAAUGAUGAAAGAAUGAAACAUUUGAGCGGGGAGAUCGUUCGAUCGAACGACAGCAUGCGUUGCAUGAAAGAAAAAUUGACGUAUUUCGAAGAGGCACAGAAAAAUCUUGAAGAAAGAUUGGAGAACGAAAUCGUUGAUCCUCGUUCGAAUUUGACGAAUAUUAUUCAGAAGAUCUACGAGCAGAAUAAAGAUAGAGAAGAGAAAUUUUAUAAGUUAAAGUUACAAGUGCGUGAGAAUGAGACAGAGAUGGAUUUACUUAAGAAGCAUAGGAAUGAUAAUAUAAAGAAAUACGAAUGUAUGGUACAGCAUUUAAGAAUAGAAGUUGAGAAGAAGAAGGAACAGCUGACUAAAUUGCAGAAAUCAAUUUUUACGAAUUUCACUUUGAGGUAUCACAAGUUGUGUAAUAAAAGACGAAGCAAAUCCAUGGUUUUUCAAUUGCAGAAGCUAACUAUUUGUAAUAAGCAAGAUUUGAAAGUGUCGUCUGUCGAUAGAAUAACUAAUAACAAAGAAUUAUCUCCGUCAAUUUAUGAAUGCUCGAUUGAUAAUUCGCGUGAUGUUCAUUUCCCAAAUUCACAAUUAUCAGCCAGAAAUGAAGAGUUCGAUACUAAAAGUGCAUAUGGAACAGGAGAGUCUUGUCCAGUACGUCGUUCAUAAUCUACUUACAAGUAAAGGAUAAAGGGA